GUGACAUCACGGGGGGGUAAAUGCGAGCUGUAUUCAGACUGGCAGAGCAGUGCCUGCAUUCCUCUCCUCAUCAAAGCUUGCUUUAAAGAAAAGAAAAAAAAAUCAUAAAUAAUAACACAUACGGACUGGACUAAACCAAAAAAGACCAGUGGAUUUACAGCUGUUCAGUUCCGGGGGAAAUAUCCGUGCUGAAGGAUUGGUGAAGCUGUUUUUUUUUUUUGCGAAACAUUUUUUUUUUACUUUGUAUAAACAGACAACGGAGGAAAGAAGGUAGAAAAUAAACAUAAACGUCGUUUUUUCCCUUUUAAAGAGGAAAACAAGAUGGCUGAUGACAGCAACCGAUAACAAGGGCAAAACGGCGCCGUCCCCUUUAAGACCAAAAAGGAACACUGAAAGUGGGGUAAUUAAUGCAAAAACCAGCCGGAAGUUUCACUAAAGAGCUGCGAUGGCUGAAAACUGGAAAAACUGCUUCGAAGAGGAGCUGAUUUGCCCGAUCUGUUUGCACGUUUUCUCGGAGCCCAUUCAGCUGCCAUGCAAGCACAACUUCUGCCGCGGAUGCAUCAGCGAGGCCUGGGCCAAAGACACGAGCAUGGUGCGCUGUCCUGAGUGCAACCACGCCUACAACCAGAAGCCCAGCCUAGAGAAGAACCACAAACUGUCCAAUAUAGUGGAGAAGUUUAACGCGCUAAAUGUGGAGAAAAGCCCCGCAGUGCUGCAGUGCAUCCUGUGCCGACGAGGGCCGCCGCUGCCCGCGCAGAAGGUGUGCCUGCGCUGCAACGCCCCCUGCUGCCAGUCCCACGUUCAGACGCACCUCCAGCAGCCCUCGUCCAACCCGGGCCACCUGCUGGUAGAGGCCGACGAUGUGAAGGCUUGGAGCUGCCCGCAGCACGACGAGUACCGGCUGUACCACUGCGAGGCGGAGCAAGUGGCCGUCUGCCAGUACUGCUGCAUCUCCCGGUGCGCUGCCAGCCACGGGCAAGCCGUCAGCGACGUGGAGGUCCGCCGCAACGAGAUCAGGCAAAUGCUGAUGAAGCAGCAGGACAGCAUUGAAGAGCGAGUGCAGGACAUCGAAGAGCAGCUCUACAAGUUAGAGUCAGACAAGUGUCUGGUGGAGGACAAGGUGCAGCAGCUGCAGGAGGAGGUGAGGAUGCAGUACCAGAAGAUGCACCAGCUCCUGGAGGACGAUCUGGGCAAGACUCUGGAGGCUCUGGACAGGGCCCAGGCCCGCUUCUGCCAGGAGAACUCGGCCCAGGCGCUGCAGCUGAAUGAGAGGCGCCAGGAGGCCAAGAAGCUGCUGAGCUCCGUGCAGAUGGUCUUCGACAAGGCGGAGGACAUCAACUUCAUGAAGAACACAAAAUCUGUGAAAAUAUUAAUGGACAGGACUCAGACUUGCGUCGGAAGUGCUCUACCUCCUCACAAAGUGGGCCACCUCAACUCCAAAAUCUUCCUCUCUGAGAUCUCCAAGAAGGAGAAGAACUUGCGCAAAAUGCUUGAAGUUCCAUUCAGCGCCCCGGCCAGUUUCCUGCAGAUCAUCCCGGCAUACUCCUGCAACCUGAACAGUCUCGGGGCUGAGAAGCGCAAGCAUGCGGCUGCCUUCCCUGAUGGCUCCGCCCCCGGCUUCCUGGAGCCGCCGUCCGGCACCGCAGCCAAGCAGCCGUACCUGGGCCAGGGCUCUGCCGGCUCAGGGGAGGGCCAGUCCUCACAACCCAUGGUGCCCUGCAGUUCUGCCCAGCACAUGGUGGGCCUUGGGGGCGGGGCUGGUGGGGGCAGCGGCGGGGGAGGGGCCGGCGGUGGCACCGCCCCGCAGCCGGUGCAUCACUCGGGCUCUGUCUUUGCGCCCUCGCACUACCCUGGCGGGGGGCAGUAUGGCAGCGGGCGCAAGAUCCUCAUGUGUACGGUGGAUAACUGCUACUGCUCCGCUGUGCCCUCGGUGUCGAGCCACCGCGGGCACACGGCCUACCCGCGCUCGGGGUCCUUCCCCUGGACGGUGAGCUCGCAGGAGUACCCGCACCCACUGCCCGCUGCGCCCUCCAUGCCGCAGUCCCUGCAGGGCCUGUCCGUGCGGGAGUGGCUGGACGCCUCGCAGAGCCACCGGCACCCUGACUUCUAUGGUCUCUACGGCCAGUCCUCCACCAAGCACUACGUCACCAGUUAACCCUUCCACCGCCACCGCUGGCCUGCACAGGAGGCCCACUGGAGUUCCUCUUUGAGGGUUUUUUUUUUUUAAUUUGCAUUCCGUGAAACAUCUAAAGGGCACAUGAGCACACACACACAAACAUACCCACACACACACAUACAUAUACACACACACUCACAACCCGCCCCCCCCCCACUCCGACAGCGUGUUGUACCCCCAUGUGUGUGUGAGUAGUGAUUCCUAUUUACGUUUUUUUCUCCUUUACUAAAUCUAGCCUCGUGUCUCCUCCCAGUCUGGCAUUACCCAUCAGCGGCUGCCGUUUUUUUAAAUUAAGCCGCUUUCUUGACAGUUUAGCAGAUCUUAUUCCAGGAUAAUAUUGUGUUUGUUUACAGUCUGGCUUAAGCCAUUAUUAUUAUGAUAAUUAUUAUGAUUAUUGUUACAGUUUAUAUAUAAGGGUUCUCAUUAUCAUCACCAUGGUAACCUAUUCAAGAUGGCCACCUUCAUCAUGUCCUCCCGAAUCCUCACUGGAAGGGUGACAGGGUAGCGGGCUUCAGCCCAGGGCUGGGGGUCGCCUACCUCAGUCAGUCCCCUAUUUAAGCCACCUGGCAGAGUGGGGCUUUGAUCCUCCACCCACUCCUUCAAUCAUUGUUUUUUUUUUUCUUUUUUUUAAAAAAGUUUAACUCUGAUAAGGAAAGAAAAAACAUUUUUUUCCUCAUUUUUUAUAAAGUUAACCUUGAAGGGACUCCCAACAAAGUGGAUUGAAAACUCUUUACAGCCUCAAAUUACUCACAAAGACUCAACACAAAAGACUUAGAUGGUGUGUGAGCUGCUCGUGUUGAAUGCAAAGAAGCUCAUUCAUGGACUACACAGACGGGAGGGGGAGGGAAAGCGCUUCAGCAUCUGAGAUGGAUGCUGUUAUUAUACUUCCUGCAGAUUGAUGUCACUUCCUGCACCAAGCACAUGACUUCUUGACUUCCUGUUUGUAGCUGUAAGCAUGUUGGGAAAGGCACUCGAGCGAUUCUUGCAGUGUGGCGAGAGUGUGUGCGCGGGAGGGAGGGGGGCUGGGUGUUGGAGUGGGUGAAGUUUUUUCAUGACUUUUAUAUAAAAAAAUGGACUGGACUGCUCAACUUGUGUAAAAAAUGGUCAAUAUGCUUCAGAAAGAGCAAUUAAAAAGUUGACUGACAAAAAUGUAUACAAGAUCUUUUUGUAAAUAUUUUGUGAAACAAAAAAAAAGCAUAUGUGAUUUGGGAAAAAAAAGUUCCAAAUAAAUUGUGGUUUCAAAUAAAUGAAAGCAAAAUGUCA